CUAUGACCCGAAAGACGAAACUACCUGAAAGAAAUAAUAUUGAUGCAAAUGAAAAACUUGAUGACUACUAUAUAUGGCGGUGAAAUCGAAACUAGGACUAGUAGGAGAAAUACUGUUUUAGAAAGCUCUUGUAUUUAUUCGCCGUUUACUCCAAUCUCAAUAAGAAAAUGGAUGAAGAAGGAAGUAAACAAUAUGACAUCAAUGUGCGAACAACCGGAGAAGCAGAUGGCUAUAUUGCUGCAAAAAUGCAUCUAAACACAGAUUCAGUGGCAGUCAUUUUCAUCGCGUCGGAAUACAGCAACAUUUCAAUUACGACUGAUAAUCUGAGAUACAUCUAUCAUAACAAACCAGGCUCAAGUUCUGAUUCAGAUAUGUUUGCUUACACGUUUCUGAUUUCAUACUGCAAUCAAGACUCCAACGUUGAAACCAUUUUUAUCCACACUACAUUGGAUGCAGGCGAUAUAUUAAAAUGCAUCAAUGCGUUGCGAGGAAUUCAGCGGCGCAAGUAUAUUGGUCAAGAGGUCGACGAAGACAUGAAGAAUCAGAUAGAUGCAACCUUGCUUGCCCAGCCACUAUUUGUAGGUGUUGUGGAUCUGAUUCUGUUCCCUGCAGAAGACGAAUUGUCGGACCCCGUAAUGGAGCCAGUCAAGUUCCUGCUGGUUCUUGACAUGGAAAGCAUGUGCCUCUUCAACAACAGCAGCUAUCUAUACCCGGAGCAUAGGCUCAUGUUCUGGACCAUCAGUGAUGAGCUCAGCGUUGAGAAGGUGAAAUUGUUGACAGAUACCAAUAGGGCCAAGUUGAUCCGGCUUUUCAGAAAGGACCUUUGCUUUCAAUUUCCUUCCAUCACCAGACUUGUUGAAAAGCUGCAGAAAAUGACCCCUACCAGACAACACCUGCUGAAAAACCCGCAAGAAUUGGUGGGUUUCCUUUCGGAGAGGAAGCGUGUUUCUGCCCAGCGUCCACCUACCCAAACCUCACAGCCGUGGGAUGACCAUGAUGCCCAAACAUCACAGCCAUGGGUUGGCCAUGAUGCAGAUGAAACCCAGGGACCAUUCAGUUCUGAUCGAAAAUUGGCUCUGAAGCUUAGAAAUGAGUUGGACAGUGCAGUGGAGGAGCUGAAAUCCAAUGAAGAGAUUGAGGUUUUCUGGGUGACCAUGGCAGCUGAUGCACAAGAAAUGAUGGAUGCUGGAACUAUACCAACGUGUGAUCACCGCAGUGGGGGUAGGUUCAAGCAUUCAAAGCUUUGAAUAAAACUGUUUGAACUUAAAAGUUAUUAUUUGAUUAUUUAAAGUCUCAAUGAAGUGUGCUAUUAUUAAACUGUUUAAAUAUAUUAUAAAUAGUUUGUGUACAGAAGAAAACAUUGAUUUUGCAUUCUAAAAUAUGUUUUAAUGAUGGUGUAUGAGGAAUACAAUCAUAACAAAAUUGACCUUAUUUGUUUAUAUUUUGCAUAUUAGAAAUACACUGAUUCUUACUAAUGUUUCUGUAAGUCAUAUAUCGUGGAAUAUUGAAGUUUGAAACAACAACAAUCUUAAUUAAAUUUACAAUACCUGUACAUGUAUAUAAUUGAACAUAAAUAAUUUAAGACUUUUCUUAAUCAUUUCAUAUUUUUAAUUCAAAUCAGUUUUAGGUAAUUUAAAAUAUACCUGAUUUGUAUGAUUGAAAUGUAUUUGUUAUUUUAUGUUGGAAACAAUUGUUUAUAACUGAAAAUUCAUACAACAAUUUUGUGAAUUCAAAUGGUUCAACAUUAUUUUACGCUUUGACCUCCUAUAUUUUCUACCAAACUCUUUAAGACCAAAUCCUCUCUUAGGUUUGUAAAUAGUUUACUUGCAUUAAAAGCUACGCAUUGUUUUAAUGUAAUUUUGCAAUAUGUUGGCCAUUUGGACUAAACUUUCACCCUUGAAACAAUUAAAAACACAAUUUUGCAAAUAAUCAGGGUAACAAACCCCUGAAAUUUAUUCCAUAUUGUCUAGGUAUGGACCCCCGACAAUGGUGACCACUUGCAAAGAGCCAUAGAAGAUGUGGCAGAGCAACUCAAUAAGAAUGAUGUGCGUGUGGCCUUGUCAAGAUUAGAGGCUUGCAGGGAACUCUUCAAGGACAGUACCCUGGCUGAAGUGAAGGGAAUUUUCUCCGACUGCACCAACAUUGAGCUGCUUAAGAAGAUAUACUAUCGGUCCCUGUGCACUUAGACCCAAGAGUAGCACAACAUUUAAAUCAGACAUGAACAACAAGUUAUCCUGUGCCGGUAUUCACAAACCCUUAAGUGCAAGCUUAUCUUUUAAAUUUUACCCAUCCUUCCAACUCUUAUUCCGGUAUAAAUCUAUUCUGAAUUACAAUAUUUGCUGUGUACAAAAUAAUAAAAGAUUAAUUACUUCUGAAAGAUUACGUAAUUUUAACAAUUUAAUAAAAGCAACAUGAAAUAAUUGGAUGAAAUUUUUCCUAUGCAGCUUUGUGUAUAUGGACACAGGGAGCAUGCCUUUGUUUAAUUCUUGGAAACUGAUUUUGAUUAAGAGUUGCAUGCUACCUGCACUACUUUACAAAUAUUAUGUGGGGUUUUAUGGUUGUGAUACUAAACAAAAUAGAGGAGGCAGGUUUUUAUUUUGUUCUUAAAUAAGCUACCAUCUUCAAUAUUUUUAAAAUGGAAAAAAAUAUUUAUUUCUCAGAAGCAUAAAUCAAAACUGAUUUGAAUGGAUUGCUUAAAAAAAUACUGUAAUUUCCCUAAUUAACUAUUUAUGUAAAAAAAAACAAUCAUGAAAAACUCAAUAAAAUGUUCUACAGUUAAGUAACUUAAACAUAAUUUUUUUUAUCUAUUUACUCACCAUGUGUGUUAUAUUGCUAGAAUUUGAUUUGUCAUAUAUUUCAAAUGAAGUGUUUUGGUUUUUGUAAAAUAAUUAAUAUGUGCGUUUAAAAUCAUAAACAGUUACUUUGAAUAAUACUGCUUCUUGUACACGAGUUUAAAAACGGAAAAAAACAUUUAAUAGUAUUCAUGUAAGAUGAUAUCCCAUUGAAAGUUUUUGCAUUUUUGAGAAAUUUAUCUUUUAAAAUAUGUAAACUCUUAAUAUUCUGUAUUUACCUGUUGUCUAUAAUUUUACCAUUAAUUAUCAAAGUCUCUACAUUUGUGCACAAACAAAGUUUUUCCUGGAAAUUCUGGCACAUUUUUUUCAUAAUUUUAUGAAUUUACUAGCAUGAAUGUACUGCCAGUUUAUAAGUCUUUUCAGGAUUCACUGUUUACAGAAUGUGUAUAGAAUGUUCAUACCUUACUAGUAUUACUGUUAAUCUAUAUUAGCCAGGUCAUGGGAAAAUGGGUUUAUCACAUAUGCUGCCAGUGAAGGUCCAGACCAGCCUGUCCAUUUGCACAGUCUGGUCAGGGGUUUCUCUGUCCGCAUUAGGACCAGCAAGCCUGCUUGACUUUGUAGUGUAGUAGCUUUAGACCAGCCUACGCAGAAUGAAUGACUUUAGUGCAGAAUUUAAGUCUUCUAUGUAAUAAAGUGUUCAUUUAACAUUCUGAGGAUGGUGUGUAUAUGAUAAAAAAUAUUAUUUCCGUUAAAAGCAGAAUUUGUGUUAGUUAAAUAUGUAUGUAGAGCCUAAUCAAGUUUGCAUUCAAAGACUCUAAAGAUUUCCGAUUCUAAAAUACUGUAGCUUACCAAGUAUUAGAAUAGCAACAAUAAGUUUUGUUAUUGUAACCAUGCUUAAGUAAAGAAGUACAGUAUUGAAUACUUUCUUAUUUGAAUAAGACACAGAAUUGCGCUAGAUUUUAUGUUUAAUGUACAAAAAGCUGCAACAAUUAGUUUCAUGGUGUACAUGUAUUAUGAUUGUGUACAUGAUCUAUGCAUAAUAUGUGUCAUUUAUGAUUUAUUGUUUUGUAUUUCUUUUUCAUUAUAAUAAGACCAUUAUGGAAAAAGUAAAAAAUUUGUUUGGAAAAGUAUUGGCAGUUGUAUUUUUUCCAGCUGGACUACUUUACAAUUUUUUCUUUUAAAGUUUGUGUCCUUAUAAUUAUAAUUAUUGUUAAUUAUUAAAGAUUCUGUAAACUUGAAAGUUGGAAGUUAUAUUGUGCCAAUUUGUGUUUGUAAAUAAAUCAUGUUUUGCUUUUAAUGUUUUGUGUACUUCUCUGAACUGAUGUAUAAAUAUAUUUUUUUUCUAUUGUUUUGCUAAUGUGAUGAUUAUUUUUAUGUUCCCAUAGUUUCUUGCAAAGCUUUAGAAUUUGUAGCAAUGUGUGCUAGUAUACUUCUAGUCCUUUAAAAGUUAGUUAAAUAAAUAUCUAAUGCUUAUACAUGGAUAAUAUUACAAAAAGACAUUACAAGAGAAAUAUUGGUAAAUAAGCAUAUGUUUUGAAUAUAUCUCUGGAAAUAUUUAGUGGAACGUUUUUGUGAUUGUGUAUUACCUAUUCUGUACUGUUUCACCAUACAAGAUUUUUGUUUAAAUUACAAAACAACUAAUAUGUAUGAAUGUAUUACUAGUUAUUGUAGUUGAUAUUGUCAGCAUAACUUUACCUGUUUGAAGUGUGUGGGCUGUGCUGUGAUUGGAAGUUGAGUAAUGUGAGCUUCAGUGUGUACCUUGUUGGAUGACUGCUUGUGACAUAACUCUGUUUGUUCUUGAAAUGCUACUUUGUGCAUGUAUUGUGUCAGUGUGGCCUGGCUGGUUUCAGGCUACCUAUUCCAUUUUAGUCAGUUUUUUUAUACACAAAUGUGUUUGUGGUAUGUAUUAUGCCAAUCACUAUUACUUUCUUUAGUCUAGUUUAUCUGUACGCUCCUUCACAGACAUGAGCUCUUAAUGGUUUUUUCUAUUCUGCUUUUCGUCAUUUUUUACAAACACUUAUUUGAUUUGGUUCAUGCAAGCUUGUUUUUCUUUAUUUAUUUCUGUUCCCAUGUUCUUUAAGACAGUGUCUGAAACUCUAAUUAUUCUGUUUGUAUUUUUUAGAUAAUAUAAUAGGUAUGUUGAAAUUGUAGAAUUUCGUUUUUAUGCCCCAAAGGUACAUUGAUCACAUAUGGCAGAUAACCCCUAUUAAUUUUCAGGUCACUAGGUCAAAGGUCAAGGUCACAGUGACACAAAACAGAAAAUGCUUUCUGGAUGAUAACUUAAGAACGCUUAAGUGAGGGAUCAGGAAAGUUCAUAGUGACAUUGGUCAUGAUGACAGAUGAACUCUAUUGAUUUUCAGAACUCUAGGUCAAAGGUCAAGGUCACAGUGAAUUGAAACAGUAAAAUGGUUAACGGAUGAUAUCUCACGAAUGCUUAGGGUUAGGAUCAGGAAAGUUCAUGGGGACAUUGGUCACGACCAACAGAUGUCCCCUAUUGAUUUUCAGGACUCUAGGUCAAAGUUCAAGGUCACAGUGACCUGAAGCAGUAAAAUGGUUUCCGAAUGAUAGCUCAAGAACGCUUAGGCCUGGUAUCAGGAAAGUUUAUUGGGGACAUUGGUCAUGACCGGCAGAUGAACCCUAUUGAUUUUCAGGUCACUAGGUCAAAGUUCAAGAUCACAGUGACUCUAAGGAGUAAAAUGGUUUCCGGAUGAUAACUCAAGAGUUCUUAAGCCUGUGAUCAGGAAAGUUUAUUGGGACAUUGGUCAUGACUGACAGAAGACCCCUAUUUAUUUUGAGGUAACUAGGUCAAAGUUCAAGGUCACAGUGACACAAAGCAGUUAAAUGGUUUCUGGAUGAUAUAUCAAGAAUGCUCAAGACUGGAAUCAGGAAAAUUCAUAGGGAGAUUGGUCAUGACUGGCAGAUGACCCCAUUGACUUUGAGGUCACUAAGUCAAAGUUCAAGGUCACUGACUCGAAACAGUAUAAUGGUUUCCGGAUGAUAACUCAAAAAUGCUUUAGCCUGGGAUCAAGAAAUAUAAUAGGGACAUUGGUCAUGACUGACAGAUGACUCCCAUUGAUUUUCAGUAAUCUAGGUCAAAGGUCAAGGUCACAGUGACUUGAAACAGUAAAAUGGUUUCUGGAUGAUUAUUCAAGAAUGCUUAGGGUAAGGAUCAGGAAAGUUCAUGGGGACAUUGGUCAUGAUGGACAGAUGACCCCUUAAUGAUUUUCAGGACUCCAGGUCAAAGUUCAAGGGCACUGUGACUCGAAACAGUAAAAUGGUUUCCGGAUGAUAACUCAAGAACACUUAGGCCUGGAAUCAGGAAAUUUCAUAUUGACAUUGGUCAUAACUGACAGAUGACCCCAUUAGUUUUCAGGUCACCAGAUCAAAGUUCAAGGUCACAGUGACUCCAAGCAGUAAAAUGGUUUUCGGAUGAUCACUCAAGAAUUCUUCAGCCUGGGAUCAGGAAAAUUCAUAUGGACAUUGGUCAUGACUGACAGAUGACCCCUAUCGAUUUUCAGGUCACUUGGUCAAAGUUCAAAGUCACAGUGACUCGAAUCAGUAAAAUGGUUUCCGGAUGAUAACUCAAGAACGCUUAAGCCUGGGAUCAGGAAAGCUCAUAAGGACAUUGGUCAUGACUGACAGAUGACCCCUAUUGAUUUUCAGGUCACUAGGUAAAGUUCAAAGUCACAGCAACUUGAAGUAGUAAAAUGGUAUCCGGAUGAUAACCCAAGAACGCUUAAGCCUGGGAUCAGGAAAGUUCAUAGGGACAUUGGUCAUGACUGACAGAUGACCCCUAUUGAUUUUCAGUACUCUAGGUCAAAGGUCAAGGUCACAGUGACUUGAAACAGUAAAAUGGUUUCUGGAUGAUAACUCACGAAUGCUUAGGGUUAGGAUCAGGAAAGUUCAUGGGGACAUUAGCAACUCCACGACUCACGCGAGCAAUUCUUCUUUAAAUUGCCAAUCAUACUCGAAUGUAUUCACACAAUGGCUGCCACUACAACAGACAGUCCAUUUGGGGAGCAUGCGAGUUUUAGAAUCAUUGAUGUUUAAGAGUAUCAAUCCAUUGGUCUGCCAUUCAGCCGUUAUUAAUGUUACACAUUUGCAGUAAGUAAAUGCUUUAUAAAUGAUGUAUGUACAAUUAUUUUAUAUCAUUGGUUUGUUUUUAACGUAAUUGCAUUAAAAUGACUGUGUGCUUU